AUGGAUUCUGAUGAAGAUUUUAUAACUUUGAUUAAUACUUUUAAUACUAUCAUAGACUCUGAUGAUAUUGUAACUUCAUCAAGUGCUAUGGGUGCACAGGAUGAUUCAGAAGAUGAUGAAUUUAUAACUCUAUCUAAUAAUUUUGGUACUCAUUGGACAGGUUUUUUACGUUCAAAGCAAGUUAAAAAUACCAAAUCAUGUCGAUAUAAUGCCAAGUGUUCAUAUUGUAACAAG